AUUCAAUAAUUGCUUGAUUUUUAAUUAUUAUUUUUGCUUUCCCAGAAGCUGUUGAACUUUAGGGUUUCGUUUGUUUAUAGCUUUUCUAAAUCUUUUGUUUCGUAUAACGUUUGAUACUUCGAUACGUUGUAGUAUAUUUGCAACUCGAGAAAUUCAGCCGGAUGUUGAUUACUUGAAGCAAGGACUUAGGAUAAAUUUUUGUGCCACGAGACUAAGUGAUGAGAUAAAGACUUGGGAAUAGGGAACUUUGUGGAUUGGCAUAUAAAAGCAAGGGAAUUUUUUGCAGCUGGAGAGAAACAUUCAUUGCUUGGCCUGGGUUUGGAAGAGGGUAGAAGUUACUUUGAUUCAUCAAUUGAAGCUUCAGAAAUUUUCAAACUGUUUUGCAGUCCAUGGAUUCUAAUAACCCUUCUGAUGAGAAGUCUGAAAGCAGACUAUAUAUUGGCAACCUUGAUCUAAGGAUUUCAGAGGCGGCCUUGAUUAAGAUGUUUUCACCAUUUGGAAAGAUAAUAUCUGAAGACUUUUUGUGGCAUACUCGUGGACCCAAGCGUGGGGAACCACGCGGUUAUGCAUUUGUUCAGUUUAGUACCAAAGAGGAAGCUCAACAAGCCAAGGAAAAGAUGCAUGGGAAAUUGGUUUGCGGGCGACCAUUGAUCGUUCGUCUUGCCAGCGAGAAGUACUUGAUGGAAGGGGGAGAAAAUUCUUGCAAAGCAGUAGGCGGCGAGACAACCAAACCAUACCUCUCUGGAGGUUCCUUAACGCGUAUGAGCCGUGGCGCUAAAAUAGCUGCAAUUAAGAAUAAACUGAAGUCCAUGGAAGAAGAGAGCCACAUUUCAAAAAGACAGAAACCAGCAGACAGUAGCUGAAGAAGAUGGUGCAUAAGAUUUGUUGCUCCUACAAACAUAAUGCAGAUUUUAGGCUCUUUGUAUUUUAAAGUACACCAAUUCUCCAUGGUCCUUGCUGUGUAUUAUGCCGAAUGUUGCUACAGUUGUGAUUACUAUUACUUCCUCUGUCCCAUUUUACCUGUCUUAUUUUCCUUUUUAGUUUGUCCCAAAAUGUUGUCAUCUUUCUAAAAUUGAUCAUCAACAUCAUUAUAUUUUUCCCAA